CAUAUUAUUCAUUCAAAUUUAGGUUCAAUUUCAAUCAAUUAUAAUAUUGCAAUUCUAAUUCGAAUUAGUAGCAAUUAAGAUAACGCUAAAUAAUAAGGAAAGAUGUUCUAAUGCCCGAAGUAUGGAACAAAAAAUAUAUUAAAUGUUAAAUCUAUUUUAUAUAUCGCUUGUUGGUAGUAAUUAAACUUUUAUUAUUUUUUAUAUUAACAAUUAAAAUACGAAAAAAAAGUUUUAAUUAUUAAACUUGUUAUACGAUGGUACGUUUCGUUUUUAAAAUUAACCUAAUUCAAAUGUUCUUUUUUCAUCUUUAAUUUUUAUGCAAAAAAAUUUUCAAAAUAUUUUUUAUAAUAAAAUAUUAUCAACAUUCAUAUUGGAAUUCAUGUUGAUAUUGACUUGACUUUUCUAAUAAAAAUAAUUUAAUAAAUAUCAUAUAUUACCACAAUGUAUAUUACGACAGAUACAUAUUUUAUAUCAAAAAAUUUUAUUAUUCAUACAUUUUAUGGUGAAAAAACUGUUUUUUGUUGGGAUCAAAAUAAACUUAUAAUAUUUCCAUAUAUGAAUAACAAUUAUAUAUCUGCCGAAGUUUUAACAGCUCCAGCUCCAAUAAAAACUAUACAAUGUUUUUCUGAUCGAAUUUUUUUAAUUUGUAUUCCACGAGGUAUUUAUAAACUUUCGAGAUAUCGAGAAUUUGCUAUUCUUAGUAAAAAUGCGAUUGGAAUGGGUACAGUUUUUUAUGAAGUAUUAAUACCAAGAAAUGAAUAUCUUUAUUUGGACAAUAAACGAGAAAUGACUAAUAAAGUAUUGUAUCAACUUUCUUGUAAGGAAAUUGAUUCCAGCAUGUUAUGUAUUUAUCCAUUAAACAUAAAUAAUGUUGCAGAAGAUUUUAUGAAAGUUUUAACAAAUAAUGAUUCUACUAUAGAAAAUUUAUGUAUAAUUGGUGAUAAACUAAAGAUUUUAACAUUAAUAAAUGAGACUAUACAAAUAACACAUAAUAGUAUCUAUUUUAUUAGAGAUAUAAUACCUAUACGAAAGAAUACUAAAAUUGGUGGAUUAUUUUUUAUUACUACUACAAAUGCUAUUAUUAUAAUGUAUUCACGAGAUAAUUCACUUAUUUUUGAAACAAUUUAUUUAAGAACUCAAAUACACACCAUUUGUGCUGGUUUUAGUGAUUUAACAGAAGACACAUUAUGGAUUGUUUAUUCAUAUGAAUCUAAUUUAUACUAUGCAAAAAAACAAUUAUUGACUGAUAAUAUUCAUCAAAUAAAAAUUCAAAAUGAAAACUUUACUUGUUUACAAUCAUAUGAUUCCAAGAUAAUCUUAGGUUUAACAAUAGAUAAGCAAUUAACAGAAUUUUCUAUAAAUACUGUGGAAAAAACAUUAUCAAUAGAGAAUGAUACUUUGAUUAAUCUUCAUUCUAAUAUGUUAGAAAAUGCUACAUUCAUAAUGGAUAAAAUUUAUAAAGGAGCUCAAGAAUUACAGACCUUGAAUGAGAUAUUAACAAUAGAAGAAGAUAAAUUGAAAAGAAUAAAUUUAUAUGCUCAUAAACACAAGGAACAAUUAUAUCCAAAAAUUAUAAUUAAUUACAUAAAUAAUCAAUUGUUUUUGUCAGCAAAUUUUCAUAAUAUGUUGCCAAAAAAUAGUUGGGUUGUUCUUAAUGUAAAGUUGCAAUGUCAAAAUCUAUUUUGUAUGAAAAAAAUAGUAGACCAAGAAGCUAUAGUUGAUAUUUAUAUACCUGAAAAUUUAACAAUAAAUUUUUCACAAAUUUUAAUAGAUUUAGUAGCUUUUAAGGAAGAGAAAUAUCCUUGGUGUCUUAUAAGAGAUUAUAUAAUUAAUCCUUCUCUCGAACAAUGUAAACAUAAAAAAAGACGAUUAAAUUCUAAUUUUAUCAAUUCUAAAAUUGUUAUGCUUCAAACUUUUAUACAAGAAGGAAAUAUUAAUAUGAAGAAAUUAUCUGAAAUUAAAAAGAGUUUAAGAAGAGAAUUUAAUGAUUAA